AAAAAUUAAAAAAUGAAACUGCAUUUCAACAGCAAAAUAUUUGUGCCUUCAUAAAAUGCAUUAUCUCUGUUGUCAAAACUCAUUUUGAACAAGUCUCAAGGAAGUCUGUGGACAGCAUUCUUCUCUACAUUCAUGAUGGAAAUGUGUGUCAUAAAAUAGACCAGUUUGUUUGUCUUUGCCAAAUUUGACAUUAAUUAUUUCCUGUACUGAGACGCACUGAUAACUUCAACGUGAUUUGAUAUAAAUAGGUCAAUCAUUAAGUUGGUAUCAUCUGCAGAAUACUAGAUGAGACAAGCGUGCAUAAUUAGCCCUCAGAAAACUGACACUGUACACGGUAUAUAGUUUCAUAUUGAGGUAAACCAAAUUGUCCUAGUCCUGUUAAUGCCAGCAAAAUUGCAGGAAGUGCACCUAGCAAGAAAUGUUGUUUCAGGCGAUGGCAGUAUCGCCGUGCAUCAAGGACAACCUGUCAUUGCCUGAAAGUCAGGAAAUCUGAGGAACUGUGUGGUAGGACCAAUGGGCAGAGGAAAUGAUGUAUGCAUAAAUGGCAAGUCUGGGCAUGUAAAGGAACUCGAGUACUUUGCUGUGGGAGUUGAGCAGGUUUUGAGAGCGGAUUCUCAGAGCCAAGAGUUGUUUACCCUGACAUAUGGAUCUCUUGUCUCACAGCUCGUCAAAGAUUAUGAAAGUGAUGAAGAAGUCAACAAACAACUGGACAAAAUGGGCUACAACAUCGGCAUCCGUCUGGUGGAAGAUUUCCUAGCUCGCUCAGGGGAGAGAAGAUGCAACGAUUUUAGGGAAACAGCAGACAUCAUAGCAAAAUCUGGUUUCAAAAUGUUCCUUGGUAUCACGCCGACGGUCACUAACUGGAGCGCAGCGGGUGAUGAGUUCUCCCUUGUAUUUGAUAACAAUCCUCUAACGGACUUUGUAGAAUUACCAGAAGAACACAGCCAACUCAACUACUCCAACAUUUUGUGCGGGGUUAUCCGAGGUGCUUUAGAAACCGUUCAGAUGGAUGUCAACGUUCGCUUUGUCCAAGACGUCCUCAAGGGAGAUAACCAAACAGAGGUCAAGGUUAAGUUCAUCAAGAGGUUAGAGGACGCCGUGCCUGCUGGGGAGGAGUGAGGCAGAUAUCGAUUGUUAAAUUAUUGAUAUGUAUAUAUGUGGAGAAUCUGUGAUGUUGGUGUUGCUAUCAACGUUAUGUAAUGACAUUCUGUCAUAAUGUUUUAAAGAUACAGCGGCUGUGGCAUAUAGGAAUUGUUAAGCAAUGAAUCCGGGUUUGUUGGAUUUCAGGGAUAACUCGGCUGUCUCCUGAAACCGACACAUUUGGUCAUCUUUGUUAUUAUAAUACGUGAUACAUGUACUUUUCUAUGCAUAGUUUACCUUCAGUUUAUUCCUGGGACACUUCCUCUUAUUUCACUUCAGUUUUGUUAGCUUAGCUCUCAUUAAUUUCUAUUCUGCACAGGACAGUUUAAAUGAUUACAAGAAGUAACAUCUACAGAAAUAUAUUCACAUGUGCAGUUGCCAGCACAGACAUGGAGGCUUACUCUUGCAGUUAGUGUUUAUAAAGACAUGCCUUGAAAUAAUAAACAAAGACAGACUGAAGUAUUGAGGCACAGGAAACAGACGGACACAACAGACAGCCUCCCGAUCCAUUCCCCAUUGUUAUUCUGAAAGGAAUACAUGUAUUCAGAAACCGAAAAUGGUUUGGAAGAAGUGUUAAUUGUAAGGGAUUUUUUCAGCCAUUGUGGGUCUGCUUCAGUCCAGGAAAUACCUCAGAUUCAAUUCAAUGACAUUGGAAAACAAAGAAUACCAUUUCUUUUCAAUCCUUUGCUGUUACCUAAUAUUUGGAAAUUAUUUUGAAAUUUAGAGUUUGCCCAAGAAGGAAGUAUCAUACAAAAAUUUCAAGUGUGCUUUGUUUGCUGUAAGAUGCAGUUGAAUAAGUCAGACAGACUCAUUGUUUUCGAAAAACUUGUUUGUUCAUUCCAUAAAUCUUUCCCCGUGAUGUCAAAAUUUGAAAUUGGUCUUAUCAUGUAAAUAAAAGUGUCACAGCCGAGUCAUUUCA